AGAUAAGUAAUCGUUGGAGUAAGGAACGGAAAUACUUUUCUGUAACUUUUUUUAACGACCAAGUGAUUUGAAAUGUUGCCACAUAAAGUUACAGACGGAAUGUCUAUCAUAUUUCUGCUCAUUAAUCUACUUUCUAUUUUGACCAUCAUAAGCUGCGACAGUUCCGCGCAAAUUCCAGGUGUAAAGACAGAAAAUAUUAGAACAAGGCUCUUCAAGAACAAAAAUGGACCUUGCUCGUAUUAUCAAUUCAGAUGCCAGAAUGAUAAAUGUGUAGAGAGAAGAGACUUUUGCAAUGGUAGAAAUGAUUGUGGAGACAACUCCGACGAACGGAACUGCAGAACUAGUUCAUGCCGAAACGGAAAGGGAAUAGUAUGUGGAAAUGCUUAUUACAAUUCGAACUGUAUCCCAGAAGAGUGGGAAUGUGAUGGAGUUAAAGACUGUCCUGAUGGGCGAGAUGAAAGAAGAUGCGAAGAUCGUUUUGAAUCGGGAGUUUAUCCCUAUCAAAUAAUCAGAGCAAAAUUCCUUGCAACGAAUUGGAUUUUAAAUGGAAGGAAUAAUGCAAGCCAUAUUCAAAAGUGGGGUGUCAAUAUACCAAGGACUGCAGUAGCCUACCAUUUUUCAGAGAGUUCAAAUCUAAAUAAGAGUAAAAAUUAUAAUGAUGAAUUAGCAUAUGAACUCAGCAUUAGUUUGCUUUCCAAAUUUGCUUUAAGAAAUAUGGAAGAUAUCAAGACAUCUGAACUUGCGACUUAUGUCAAUAGUUUUCUAGCAUUGUGUAUGAAUCCUUGGAAAUUCUAUAUGGUUGAUUUGAUCGGGCAGCUAAGGAAACGUGUGGAUGCUAACAGGGUAGCAAAUCCGUACGCAAUACUAGCACUGUGUAAUGCCCAAGAUUUUAUCACCUUAAAUGAUAUUGAAAAGUUACUAGCUGCAUUCCAUAAAGCAGAGGACAGAACAGACACUCAAGCUAUAAUAAUUAUGGCAUUAGCUUGCGCAUCUGCUCAGCCUGACAGCAGUUUUAACCGUGAAGAAUUACCAGACUAUACAUUGGAAAUAAAAAAGAAACAAUAUAGAAAUGGAACUGUUGAGAACAUCAAGACAACAGCCCUAGUUUUGCAGGCUUUGUUUGCAUCUGAACCAGAACCUGACGAUGACAACUUUGAUGAAGAAAAAGCAAUAAAACAGAUUCUUCGCUCGCAAGAAGAGGAUGGAUCUUUUGGUGGACUCAUGAACACUUAUUAUAUUCUUCCAGUUCUUAGCAUGUCUAGUUUGGUCAAUAUAAGUAGAAAACACUGCUCAAAACUAAUUGAGGAUGAAAAUGAAGGCCUGGAGCGUUUAAAAAUUCAAGUAGGCGAAAAGUGGAAUAUUAGCUAUUCUAUUUGGAUUGGAGAUGACAAAGUCUUACAAAGAAGUUUAACUCUCAGUGUUCCUGCCAAUACUUCAUUUUAUGGUAUUAUGGAAUAUGCCGCUGGUGUCGAUGACAAGUAUAAAUUUGAGUACAAUGUUAGGAGUAGAAAACCAUAUAUAUUCGCUCUAUCGGGUAUAAUGGAUGAUCCUGAAAUGGAGACUUUCUGGCACACAUACUAUCUAUUCAGCAAUUUAUCCAAAAUUUCACUCAUAUCAAGAAGUCCAGCCGAUGUGAUACCGAAGAACAAUGAACACAUGUUAUUUUGGUAUAGAAAAGUAGACUGAUUUUAAGAGUAACUGGCAUUGAUGAACUUAAAUGAACUAUUUAAUCGACUGUGGAUAAUGAAUUAUUUAAUCCUUGAUGGAUAAUGAUAUUUUUAAUAAAAUAGCUUUGGCUUUUGAUUGAGAUCAAAGUGUAGUUAAAUGAACAAUAAUUGUAUUAUAAAUAAGAAAAAAAGUAUUUAAAAUUAUGCUUUUUUCUCAUUGUUGUAUUGCUUUUUUAUGUAAGUCAAUAACUCAUUUUGUUAGAGUGUAAACCUGUUUGUUCAUUGUUUUCCAUGGUAAUUAAUAAAAAUGGAGCUGAUACUUUUUAAAA